CGGAAAUUUGGAGCCAUUUCUCCUUUUUGAGGAGUGGACACUUGCAGUCCUGCAGUGAAACCUGCAGUCAAACUUCUCGACCAGAUACAUCCCAUUUCAAUCCAAUACAAACGUCUCACCGUGAGCAGGAAUUCACCUAUCUUUGUAUCGAUUAACCUCGGUGAAGAUGCCCCUAACCCGGAGCUGACUCUGAUCCCGAUCGGACCCUGAUCCCUGGUGCCGGCCCCGGAAGCUCCGCUCGACUAUGCUGGACCCUUGCGUCCUCUACGUGACCAACUUCGUGGGCCCGUGAUCGGGCCGGGCCCCCGCGCGGUGCCGCCCUUAUGUGACGCCCGAUGGACGAAGAUGCCCCGCAGCCCUCGACCGCCCCCACCCGCCGAGCGUAGCGAUGCCCUGCCCGGCCGCCGAGCGCAUCUUCAUCCUCGUCUACCUGGUGCUCCUCCUCAGCUGCCGGGACUGCGACUCCAACGCCAGCACGCUCACGCCGGUCGUCGCCACCCGAUGGGGUAAGAUCCGCGGCGUCACCGUCACCGCCGGCAAGAACCUCCGCCCGGUGGACAUGUUCCUCGGCGUCCCGUACGCCACGCCCCCCGUCGGCCCGUACCGCUUCAACCCGACUAAGGCCCCGUUGCCGUGGGACGGGGUUAAGAUGUGCACCGCCCUCAGUGCUGUGUGCCCGCAGCGGCUGCCCGAUUUGUCGAACGAUACCCUCGCGCUGGAGAGGAUGCCCAGGGGGAGGCUGCUCUACCUGAAGAGGCUCCUGCCGUUCCUGCAGAACCAGAGCGAGGACUGCCUGUAUCUUAACAUCUACGCUCCGUCGCAAGGUAAGAGACGCUUCACCAUUUUUCAUCCAAUCGUCAAUGAUCUUUCAUCAGUGGUUUGGCGCUCGCGUCGACCAAUCACAGCCAAGCUCGCGGCAACGCUCUCUCACGCGACCGGUAUAAAUACUGGGACACUGCGCUCCAUGAAAUCACUUCUAAGUGAUGCGCCGUCCGAUCAACACCCAGUCCCCAGAUCCAGCCAAGCAGCGAAGCAAGCUAAUCCAGACCUAGGAAACGAAGACUCAACCAAGUUCAAGCAGCAGCCAGAAAGGAAACCCGAACCCAAGUCAAGAAUCAAGUUCCUCGAGCAAGGUCAAGGAGCGAAUUUGGCGAACAAGCUGCAUCAACUCAUCUAUAGCGAUCGGAGCGGCUAA